ACGACUGAAUACUUUUGUGCACGGCCUUUUGUACAAGGAACUGUUUUACAAGUGAUAUAGGAACGCAAUGGAUAGGAACGGAAAUUAUCAUCACUCGUCCUUGGUCAUACCAAACGAUCAGACUGUGAGAUCGGGCGAAUCGUUUCAUACCGCACAAGGUUGGCAAUUGGAAAGAACGUAUCCUUAUCUAUUCGGUACCCAAACUAUUGACUGGAGCUGCUCCUUACCAUACAGUGGUCGUGUUUCCUAUAGCAGCAACACGCAGAUUGGUGAUACUAUUGCAACGAACUAUGAGCAAAAACAGCUGCCUGAGUUUGAAUUCUUUUGGUCGAUGCCAUCCUCGACACUAUCGACGACGGUGUUCCCAACGAAGCACCUGAAGGAUGAAUAUUACGGGGACGUUGAUGGCACGGUGUCAACUCCCUUCUAUUCUCCACCGCCCGAGAAUAUUAUGAAGCAACCAGACACACAACCCAGCUCCAUGUUACCGUUGGAUUAUCCGCACUCCAAGCUACCAUCUAAGAAUCAACCAAAUACUCACCAUUCGACCGACGGCACACUGCUGCAACCCGUGCUGCACAACUCAGCUUCCGUGCUUGAUCUGACUCUUCCGGCGGACCAAUCCAAACCCAAACUAUUCAGCCCGUGCACUUCCAAAUGGCGCUGUGAACAGUGCAAUAGGCACUUCGUUAGCCAAACGGGUCUAACGCAUCAUAACAAGGCCAGACAUGCGGGUGUGCGACCGCACCGUUGCGGAAAGUGUGGCAAACGGUUCUCGGAACUGGUGCUGCUCCAGCGGCAUGUUUUACGCCACGUUACGCAAAACAAACCGCACAGGUGUGAUCAAUGUCCAAAGACUUUUUGCUAUCGUACAGAUCUGCGGCGUCAUGAGUACUUUCACACCGGUGAUAAACCGUAUCAUUGUUCCGUCUGUGGGCGAGGAUUCGUUCGGUGGGAUCAUAUGCAGAGGCACGAAUUAACGCACCAAAAACAGGAAUCUCAGUUCAAAGAGCUAACGGUGGAGGAUAGGUUUGCAAUGCAAUAUGUCGACGAUCGAUCUGACCGAUCGCCAGAACAGACAAAUAACUAGCAUGUAAAUUAGUUAAUGUUAAUGCUACUUUCAUAACGAAUGGCCAGGUCGCCUUGAUAAGGAACAAAACAAAACAAAGUGUGUGCGCGAGUGGUGGUAUACUUUUAUGAAGCAAUUGACACAUCGUCACCGGUUGACAGCAAAACGUACUAUCGGUUGGGGCAAACGAUAAUAAAUUUAGUGUGUGAUUGUGCACAUUCACGUC